AUGACUAUCCAAAUUGAGCCCUCGGAGCUGGGCUUCAAGCGUCCUUUCAAUCAUGAGGUGUGCCAGGUCCUCCGCUUGAGUAACCCCAACCAGGAGACUGUGGUCUUCAAGGUCAAAACCACCGCUCCCAAGCACUACUGUGUGCGCCCCAACUCCGGCCACAUCGAACCGGGCCAGACCGUUGAAGUUCAGGUGUUGCUUCAGGCGAUGAAAGAAGAGCCCGCGGAAGGUGCCAAGUGCAAGGACAAGUUCCUGGUCCAGGCUGUGCCUGUCUCUCGGGGCCAAGAGGGUGCCACCGUUUCCCAGAUCUUCGACCAAACUGCCAAGAGCGACGUUGUUGAGCGCAAGAUCCGGGUCGUCUUCAUCGCAACAGAUGCCUCUUCGGAGAAGGCCAACGAAUCGCUCCACGACGAAGAGCCCCAGGCUCAGAACUCCCCCGGCGGUGGUAACUUCCAGACCCCUGCCCCCAAGAAGACGCAGCCCGAUGAAGCCUCCCCAAUCCCCGCACCCGAUUUCUCCGAGAAAGCCAACUACGAUUCCGCCCAGCGCGAACCCGCCUCCGUCAUCUCGACCGCCCGAUCUGCCGUUGCCAAUGCCCUCCCUUCAAGUGACGAACUGAAGUCCCAGCUUGCCGAAGCCAACGUGACAAUCCAGCGCCUGAAAGACCGCAUCGCCGAGCAAGGCCUCCGGCAACGCAAGACCGCUACCGAGGCUGGCUCCGCUCCCCCCGCUGCGAUGCAGCAGUCACAUGCGCAGACGCAGAGCGGAGUGUCGAUCCAGAUUGUUGCAGCACUCUGUCUGCUGAGCUUCUUGAUCGCCUACUUCUUCUUCUGA